GCCUUUUCCACCAUGUGGCUUGGUGACCUGUUUUUGAGACUUGGUCUCAAGGGAAUACUGCUUUUAGUUUUUGUCAUUCUCCUGCUUGUUGGCUUUCUAAAGAAGAGGAAUCCCCCAAAUUUUCCUCCAGGACCUUUGGCUCUUCCUUUUGUAGGCAACGUUUUCAGCAUUGAUACCAAGCAACCUCACAUUUACUUAACCAAGCUAGCUGAUGUUUAUGGGAAUGUGUUCUGCAUGCGUCUGGGAAGAGACAAAACAGUGUUUGUGUCUGGGUACAAGAUGGUGAAGGAAGCCAUAGUGACACAAGCAGAGAACUUUCCGGAUCGGCCAUACAGCCCAAUGGCGUCCAGGCUUUACUCUGGGAACUCUGCUGGGCUUUUCUUCAGUAAUGGGCAGGUAUGGAAGAGGCAGCGGCGCUUUGCCAUGACUACGUUACGUAACUUUGGUUUGGGAAUGAGCUCCAUGGAACAGACCAUCUGUGAGGAGAGCCAUCAUCUACAGGAAGGAAUGGAGAGGGAGAGAGGUGAACCGUUUAACCCAACACACCUCUUCAACAACGCUGUGUCCAACAUCAUCUGCCAGAUGGUGUUUGGAAGACGAUUUGACUACAGUGAUCACAACUUCCAAGCUAUGCUGAAGAGUCUGACUGAGAUGGUCUAUCUGGAAGGCUCCAUAUGGGCUCAGCUCUACGACGCAUUCCCAGUGCUGAUGAAACACCUGCCAGGGCCUCACAAUGAGAUAUUUAGCAAGUUUAAAUCCUUGGAGGCCUUCAUCGGUGGAGAGAUAGAGAGGCACAAGUUAGAUCUGGAUCCAAGCGACCCACGAGACUACAUUGAUGCCUUUCUUAUAGAGUUGGAGAAACACAAAGGAAACCCCGAGACGGGCUUUUAUGAGAGAAACCUGGUUUUAUGUUGUAUGGACCUGUUCCUGGCUGGCACUGAGACCACAUCCAAGACCCUUCAGUGGGGCCUCAUUUAUCUAAUCAAGUACCCACACAUUCAGGACAAAGUCCAGGCUGAGAUAGACAGAGUGAUCGGACAGUCUUGCCGACCCACCAUGGCCGACAGACCCAACAUGCCCUACACGGACGCCGUCAUCCAUGAGGUCCAGAGGAUGGGGAACAUUGUCCCUCUUAAUGGACUGAGGAUGGCAGUUAAGGACACGACACUGGAUGGUUACUUCAUACCAAAGGGUACCGCUUUGAUGCCCAACCUGACUUCAGUGCUAUUUGACAAGAAUGAAUGGGAGACUCCAGACACCUUUAACCCUGGCCACUUUCUUAAUGCUGAUGGCAAGUUUGUGAGAAAGGAAGCAUUCUUGCCUUUCUCUGCAGGUAAGCGUACGUGUCUGGGAGAAGGCCUGGCAAGAACGGAGCUGUUCUUGUUUUUCAUCACUUUGCUAAAGAAGUUUCGUUUCUCCGCCCCAGACGGAGAAGAGCUCAGUACAGAUGGAAUCAUCGGAGCCACGCGCUCUCCCCAACCCUUCAACAUCUAUGCCAAGGCUCGCUGA